UUAACCUUUUGAACGCCAAGAACACCUAAAGUCGUCGCUACCUACUUGUCGUACCCACAGCGCCAAGGACAACUAUAGGUGUUAUGGUGGGCGCUGUCAAAGUAACCUUAACACUUUCAAGUAAGGUUUACAUUAGCUCGCUUGCGCCCGGGAGCUUGGCGUUUAGUAAUGUUUGUGUUUAUGACAUAAAGCGUUCAAAAGGUUUAAAACGGUUACAAAUGUCGCUUUUAAGUAAGGAUUACUAAGGUUUAGAUGACCUUAGUAGUCAAUAUGUCAUGCUAUCAAGUGUCUUAGGUUUAUAAUGCUCCGCUCCCAUCCAUGACCAUGACGAGUUAAAGUUAACCAUGUGAGGUACUGAAUUCAUCAUAAUUAGUGACUAACAUCUUUCAGCACAUGUGUAAGAAUGUAGACCCGCGCGUCAACCGCGUGGCCUACUUUUACCAGAACAACACUCGGCCACAGAAAACUACUUAUUCGCAGGUGCAAGAAAGAGACCCCUGCAAGCAGCCUGACCCCUGCCCGCCACCGCCAAAAGACGACCGGGCAUUUUGGGGCGCUAUGGCCAUCCUCUUUACCAUGGGCUGUUUCGGUGUAUAUGCCAAACACACACCAGAAGCUCGCGACUGGCUCAGCAUAAACGCGGCCUGGUUCGACGACCUCAUAGCCAUCGCCUACCAGGAGAACAAGAAAUACGGGGAACACGCCAAAGACUUCGUAAAGGCUGUCCAGGAGUAUAUAAACAAGCCAGAACCUCCUCGACUAUGCGAUUCGGAGGGGAAACCUAUAAAACAACCACCAAAAGAAAAGAAGAAAGAAGCCAUAGAGAUAGUGUGUCCUAAAAAGUCAGAAGAUGAAGGACCACUGGAUCCCAAAAAAUGUCCCGAGGCGACGAAGAGGCCCCCUUCUCUGAAGACCAUAUGCGACAUUGAGAAGUGCCUCCUCAGUACUGGAGAGGAGUGUCUAAAUAACUACUGGACAGCGAAAGAGGCCUGUAGAGUGUAUAAUGAAUUGGUAGAAGACCACCUUACGAACUUCACGUUGGACAGGUUAAAGGCCCUCCGACCGGCGAUGGUGGAACGGUUCAGAUUGCUGAAUGAACACGCGUGCGCUGCUGCGAGACAUCUUAAUACUUUAGACGAACUGGGCCGCAUAAUGGAGUGUGGCGUAAGCGCUCCAAAGGACGCCAUAGACAACACAAACGCCAUGCUGAGACAGUUCAUGGCAAAGGUCCAGGUCAUGCAGACGGAGUACGUGUGGGAGGCGGACCGUGCGCUCGCCGCUGACAGCAAGUGGCAAUAUAUUGAGAAACUGUUGGACAAUUACAUCAAAGAGAACGAAGUAAUGUUCCCGGGGACGGUCUACGACAGCGAAAAACCCAAUAUAAUUGGCGGCACGGACCUCUUGCUGAUUCACACAAUCAAAUAUAAAAAUAUGCUGGAAACUGUGUUGAAAGCUGCUUCCCAAGCUGCCAGCGAGAGAGCGGACCGCGGUGUCGCGACAUUGUCUCAAGACCCUAACGCUGUAAAAGCUCGCGAAACGCUCAUACAAAAUGAAUAUAGGAAGAAACAGGUGGUAUUGGAUCAGUGGUACAAGAAGAAGCUGGACUGGCAGAAAGGUGAAGUCGACAAAGCUUUGAAAAAGGCGGUGAAUGAACUGAAAGAACGACACGAGCGCCAAAUGGCUUUCAAUCUUAAACAAAAGGAAGAGGAGGCUACUAAAAAGUUGAACAAAAUGGUGAAAGAAGCGGUGGACGCUCAGAAGACUAAGUUCGCUCGAGAACUUACUGACGUGUCGCUGAAAGUCCAGGCUGUAGAAGCUAAACUAGAAGCGCGUUUGAAAGCCGAGCGGGAAGCGAAGCGCUCUCAACAGCUGUGGUCUGCUGGUGCUUCCUUACUCGCUGCCACUAAGAAAGGAGACCCGCAUGUCUGCGUGGCUAGAGAAAUUAGAGCUAUUGAGGCCGCUGCUGGUGAUGGUGACAAACUCGUGCUAACUGUUCUAAAAUCCAUACCAGAGCAAGUGCGCAAGGAAGGACUGGUGCCGGAGAGCGUACUGCGCGAACGAUACCAUGUGAUGGAGAAAACGGCCAGACAUGUGGCCCUGGUGGAGUUAGAAGGCAGCCCGAUGCCGGUCUACAUCGCCUCCUGGGUUCAAUCCAUGCUUCUCUUUAUGAGGCUAUCUGGCAUUCCACAAAAGGACAUUGACAAUCCGAUCAAAUGCAAGAAGGAACUUGAAGAUUUGGAUACAUUCGACCGAUUAAAUUAUGCAAGGUAUUGGAUAGAGCAAGGAAACCUAGCCCCAGCGCUCCGCUACGUCGAGUCACUAGAGGGCGCCUCUCGCGUCGCAGCCGAUCCUUGGUACAAGGACGCUAAGAGUCACCUCGAAAUCAGGCAAGCUGCUGAGGCGGUUAUAGCGCACGCUACUGCAUUGGCAUUGCAGUACAUUUGAGUGUCAACGCGUUGUUUGGCAGUAUGACUACAGGAUAUAAGAAAAUUGUUCGUUUUUGUGAAGUUUCAGUCCUAAUGUGACGAAAAUUAAAGAUGACGUGAUUUUUACAUUUACUUUGAUAAUUAAUCGUUUCAUAUUUAGCUUUUUAUUUUUUGUAAUAAUUUUGAAAUAUAAAAAUAUAGAAUUGUUACAAAAUGUUAGUUUUAUUUACUAGUUUAAUAUAAAAACACGUAAAAGAUCAAUGGAGAUACACUAAUAUGUAACAAAAAUCCUGUUCAUUAACACUUUCAGUGCCAAGAACCCGAUAGUCGGGUCCAUUUUGUAUUAGAAAUGCACUGAAAGUUUUAAAGGCUACUGAUUAUUUUUAUUUAAACACCAAAUUACCCAGCACAGACUGUGCGUGUCGGUCGCUGCUGUUCGGAAUGGUACAAUUUGAAUACCG